ACAAUUAUCCGUCAGAAUGACACUGAUGUUCAUUUAAUCAAUUUUUUUGAAAUGCCAGAGGUGAGUGAAACCGUUUUUUAUUCCCAACUGCAACCAUGGAGCACGGUAGCUGCCACCCCUUGCAUGGAACAGGUUGCAGGCCCCCCCAUGCCCGUCAGAUUGGGGCAGUACUAUCAGACGCCAAAGCCCCACCCCUGGAGGCCUACAAUGGGGUACGAAAACAUAGAGGUGACACCACUCCCUAGUCAGCAUGCUACAAAUGCAGUGAUUGAUCCCUGUUAUACCCCGUACGGCAUGGCCACACAACCGCUGAAGUUCCCCAACCUAGUAACCGGCUUCGAGAGAAACCCGGCCCAUGCAGCUAGAGCAGCUCUCUACACCAGGUACACUCCUCUGGAGUGGAUGCAGAACAACCUGCGCUUCUACAACGAGGCCGAUACGGGGAGGAACUAUUCGGAAAGGCUGAGGGGGGAUUUCGUGAGAGUGAUGAGGGAAACGGACGAAACGACGACUCAGGGACAGAGAGAGUCCGGGAGGAGGCUGGGGGAGAGGAUAACGGAUACUACGUUUUGGAGGAAUGAGGUUAGGACGGAGUUGGAGAGGUUGUUGAUUGAAGCAGCUUCCCUUCAAGAUGCCAGAAGAGCAAUCAAGAAAGCAGUAAACGACAUUGAAGGACCCCUCCACAUUGCCCAAGAAUGCCUUUAUCAUCGAGAAAAACGACAAGGGGUAGAUCUGGUGCACGAUAUUGCUGAGCAGUCACUUCUUAGAGAAAUUGAGAUUUUUCGAAACAACCAGAAGCGCCUCAAGUGUCUCUACAACAAGGUCCAAGACCAAAUGAGCAACAACAGGGCUGCUCAGAACGAGUUAGAGACAGACGUUCAGAGCAAAGAUUCUGCUCUCGGCAUCGACAACAUGUGUCAUCAGCUCAACAACACUUCCAAAGGCAUCAAUUACUAUGGCGGCAUCGAAAAAUUUGAUCCUACUGUAAGCACGACAGUCACGUGGGCAACGAACAGCAACAGGAUCGUACAGAGAUCACAGUCAGAAAGGGGCAAGUCUGCUCAGAUGCGUUCGGAUAUCGAAAACCUCAUGAACACCUGCUCCCAAGAAGUCUGGGAUGCGUGGAGCAACACCAACAAUGCUUUAGCUCGUAGAAGUGCAGAAACUCUGGAGGCGAAGAGCAAGCUACAAAUGUACCUGCAAAAGAUUCAGCAAGAGCUGUUCACUUUGGAGAAGAACAUCGAGUUGUUGAAGAAGGCAAUUUUGGACAAGAGCGACCCGAUGAAGGUCGCUCAUACUCGCUUGGAGGCCAGGACUCACCGCAAGGAAGUGGAGCUCUGCAGAGAUAGUGCCCAAGAUCGACUGGUUAAUGAGGUCAGAGACCUCCAGGAUAAUAUCGAAACACUCCAUAGGAAGCUACAAGAGGCCGAAGCUCAGCAUCAGCAGCUGUUGAAGACGAGGGCAAAUCUGGAAAGCGACCUGCACAACAAAGUCAACGCUCUCUUCAUCGACAGGGAGAAGUGUAUGGGAUUGAGGCGGUCUUUCCCCAUCACAGCUACCAUCAAAUACUGAAGUACUGAAGUGGAUUCGGUGGUUGUUUCUGUUUGCUGGCAAUAAAUCUCAGUGUAGUUAAUAAAUGACUUCAACAAGC